AUGGCGGACACGACGAAACCACCUCCCCUCUCUCCCUUCUCUCCCCUUCCUCACCCGCCGACCAAACUCAACCCCGCAGGCGGAUACAAGAGUAGCGAUUUGCCGCCACUGGUCAAGGACGAGUCACCAAAGGUUUUGAUCGUCGGAGCUGGCCUGGCUGGCCUCUAUCUGGGGCUGUUACUCGAAACUGCUGGAAUCCCCUACGAGAUUUUUGAACGUGUCGCUGAGAUCAAGCCUCUUGGUGGUGUCAUGGCCCUUUCAGGAAAUAUCCUUUGCUCGUUUGAGCAGAUGGGGAUCUUUGAUGAAUUAGUGAGAGUCUCCAAGCCGGCAUACGAUGCGACGUAUUACUCUGCCGAGUUGAAAAAGACUGCCCACAUCUGUGUACAGGAUGAGGUAACUGGAUACAAGAGACUGUUAUUUGCGCGCCCAGAAUUGUACAAUCUCCUUUUCAACAAGAUCCCCACGCACAAGAUCCACAUGUCCAAAAAAGUCCUCUCGUUCCAACAAAACCACGAAGGCGUCAUGCUCCGCUUCAGCGACAACACCACCGUCCACAGGGAUAUCCUCGUCGGCGCCGACGGAGCCCACAGCGGUGUCCGCAAGCACCUCUACAAGACUCUGGAUGAACAGGGGUUGCUCCCCAAAGGGGAUACCAAGAACAUGAACAAGGGGUAUAUGUCCUUUGUCGGAACCACUCUACCCCUGGAUCCGAAUGAGGAGCGGUACAAGGAUCUGGCGGCGGAAGGUUCGAGAUGUUCGUUCCAUAUUGGCGAUAACUCGAUGCCCUUUGCGUGGAUGACGUACACGAUUCCCGGGAACCGGAUCUGUUGGAAUGUUGUGAUUCAAUUGAAGCUUGCUGAUAUCGACGAGGAACAGUUCCGUCAGUCGGAUUGGGCACCCGAGACGAAUGUAAAGAUUUUGGAUCAAAUUAGAGAGUUCAAGACAACGUAUGGGCCAUUGGGGGAUAUUGUUGAUGCUACGCCCAGAGAGAGGAUCUCGAAGGUGUUCUUUGAGGAUAUGCUGUUUGAGACUUGGACUCAUGGGCGUACUGUUCUCAUUGGCGAUGCUGCACACAAGAUACUUCCGAGCACGGGACAAGGAGCUGUGAAUGCAAUGAUUGACUCAGUAGUCCUAGCCAACUGCCUCUACGACAUCAAACCAACCAGUUACGAAAACAUCAAAGCCGCCCUAGGAGACUACCGUGAACAACGAUUCGAGAAUGUCAAAGCCCAAUACGCACACUCGCACCGCAACGCCAAACUCAGCUACGGUCAUACGCUGUGGGAGCGAAUUUUUAGAUAUAUGAUCCUGAACUGGCUGCCACAGUCGGUGAUGGUAAAACAGAUCGUCAAGGACUCGGCGUACAGGCCUCAGUCGAACUUUUUGCCGCAGGCGCCUCAGCGGGGGAGAGGACUUGUUAUCUCCCAGAAGCCCUCGACACGUCUUCAGAAGGAGAGGGAGGAGGAAGAGAAAAAGGCAGAAAGGGUUACUAUUUCUGCUGUUGCUCUUUGA